AUGGUCCCUGAGGCUGCCUAUUACCCGCCACCGCCUCCACCACCAGGCUCCGUCCACUACCCAUACUACCAACAACCGCCACCACCUCAACCGCCUCCGUCGGUGGCGCCACCGCUACAGCACCACCUGGUUCAGCCCUACUUCCCUCAACACCCACCGCCUUUCUCUUCCUACGCUCCCGCUCUCGUCCCCCAACCCUCACACGACGAGGUCAGGACCCUAUUUGUCGCGGGUCUUCCCGAAGAUGUCAAGCCCCGAGAAAUCUACAACCUCUUUCGCGAGUUUCCGGGUUACGAGUCCUCCCACCUCCGGACCCCAACCGAGAAGUCUCAGCCUUUUGCUUUUGCGGUGUUCUUGGAUCAGCAGUCUGCGAUCGGGGCAAUGCAUGCUCUGAAUGGAAUGGUGUUUGAUCUUGAGAAGGGGUCAACAUUAUAUAUUGAUCUAGCAAAAUCUAAUUCUAGGUCAAAACGCUCAAGAACAGAUGAUGAAAGAUCUGGCUCAGAUAAGAAAGCUAGAGGUUCAUCGUAUUCAAGGGGCGCUCCUGAUUCUGGUAAGAGGAUUGCCUCUAACUGCUUGUGUAAGGGAGUU